GCUGGGUCGGAGGGGUCCUUCCUGGGGUCGCGAGGAUCCUGGAGAAGGGGUGGCGGGGGUGGCGAAGGGAACGGGGAGGGCUUGUUUUGCUGGGGGAUGUGAGAAGUAGGCGCUAGCCUGUUUCGCGGUUUUUAAAGCCCCUUGGCAUGCCCUGACCUGAUCAAGAGGGAGUCAACUGCUCUCUGGAAUGUUCCGGGAGAAGGACUGAGUGGAGUAGCUGGAGUGAGUUCCCGCUGUGAAAAAGCCUGCAACCCUCGGAUGGGAAAUUUGGCUUUAGGGAGAAAACUCUGGGCAGACACCACCUGUGGUCAGAACGCCACUGAACUGUACUGCUUCUUUAGUGAGAACACUGAUCUGACUUGUCGGCAGCCCAAAUGUGACAAAUGCAAUGCUGCCCAGCCUCACCUGGCUCACCUGCCAGCUGCCAUGGCAGACUCGUCCUUCAGGUUUCCUCGCACAUGGUGGCAGUCUGCUGAGGAUGUGCACAGAGAAAAGAUCCAAUUAGACCUGGAAGCUGAAUUCUACUUCACUCAUCUAAUUAUGGUGUUCAAGUCCCCCAGGCCGGCAGCCAUGGUCCUGGACCGGUCCCAGGACUUUGGGAAGACAUGGAAGCCUUACAAGUACUUUGCAACUAACUGCUCUGCUACAUUUGGCCUGGAAGAUGAUGUUGUCAAGAAGGGAGCUAUUUGCACUUCUAGAUACUCCAGUCCUUUUCCGUGCACUGGAGGAGAGGUUAUUUUCAGAGCUUUGUCACCACCGUAUGAUGUGGAGAACCCUUACGGUGCGAAAGCGCAGGAGCAGCUGAAGAUCACCAACCUCCGUGUGCAGCUGCUAAAACGACAGUCUUGUCCCUGUCAGGGAAAUGACCUGAAUGCAAAGCCUCAGCAUUUUACACACUAUGCAAUCUAUGAUUUCAUCGUCAAGGGCAGCUGCUUCUGUAACGGCCAUGCUGAUCAAUGUGUACCUGUUGAUGGCUUCAGACCCAUCAAGGCCCCAGGAACAUUCCACGUGGUCCAUGGAAAGUGUAUGUGUAAGCACAACACAGCAGGCACCCACUGCCAACAUUGUGCACCGUUGUACAAUGACCGCCCCUGGGAGGCAGCUGAUGGCAGAACAGGGGCUCCUAAAGAGUGCAGAACCUGCAAGUGCAAUGGGCAUGCUGAUGCCUGUCACUUUGACAUUAACGUGUGGGAGGCAUCAGGGAAUCGUAGUGGUGGUGUCUGCAACGACUGUCAGCACAACACGGAAGGUCAGCAUUGCCAGCGAUGUAAGCCAGGCUUCUACCGGGAUCUCCGGAGACCCUUCUCUGCUCCAGAUGCUUGCAAAUUGUGUUCCUGUCAUCCAGUUGGAUCAGCUGUCCUUCCUUUCAGCUCAGUGACGUUCUGUGACCCCAGCAAUGGUGACUGCCCUUGCAAGCCUGGGGUGGCAGGGCCACACUGUGACAGGUGUAUGGUGGGAUACUGGGGCUUCGGAGACUAUGGCUGCAGGCCUUGUGACUGUGCAGGGAGCUGCGACCCUCUCACAGGAGACUGCAUCAGCAGCAGCACAGACAUAGAGUGGUAUCAUGAAAUUCCUGACUUCCAUUCCACGCACAAUAAGAGCGAACCAACCUGGGAGUGGGAGGAUGAGCAAGGAUUCUCUGCACUUCGACAUUCAGGUAAAUGUGAAUGUAAGGAACAGGUGUUAGGAAACUCCAAGGCAUUCUGUGGAAUGAAAUAUUCAUAUGUGCUGAAAAUAAAGAUUUUAUCAGCUCAUGAUAAAGGAUCUCAUGCUGAAGUCAAUGUGAAGAUUAAAAAAGUCUUAAAAUCUACCAAGUUGAAAAUUUUACGAGGAAAGCGAACAUUAUAUCCAGAGUCUUGGACUAACAGAGGCUGCACUUGUCCGAUCCUCAAUCCUGGUUUGGAGUACCUGGUAGCAGGACAUGAGGAUGUAAGAACAGGCAAACUAGUCGUGAAUAUGAAAAGUUUUGUCCAGCACUGGAAACCUUCUCUUGGAAGAAAAGUCAUGGAUAUUUUAAAAAGAGAGUGCAAGUAUCGAUAAAGGUGGAUAGCGCAUAAUGGCACUUCUCUGUGUACAAAACACAAACUGAAUGGAAAAGAGACCUCAAAAAUGAAACUGGAAUUCUUUUUAAGUGCCAAAAUGUAUAGAAAUGUUCCAAUGCAUGGGCCUUGUCUAGCCUAUCUGUUUUGGGCCCAUGUUUAAAUACAAUCUGUUUCAUAAAGAGGAAUGAAAAAUCCGAAGCUGAUACCUGUUUUCUAUGGGACUGAUUCUGAAAUUCAUAACUAUUAAGAAUAUUUUAAUAGCAGUAUAAUAUUUAGCAGUAAUCCGUUAAGGGCAAUACAUCUAACAAGGAUUCCCUCAGCUUCAGAUGUUUUACUUACAUUUGUGCUACUUAAAGUAAUUAAUGAGAUUUUUAAGGAACCCCCAACCCUACUAUCAGAAAAGGUAUUUCUUAAAAAGAGCCUUCUUUUGCGUGAUGUGCGCGAACUUUGGUCUGUUGGGUGUUAAAUGGACCCUUUCCACAUGUAAAUAGUAUUUCCUUGUAUAAAGCACUUUAAUGCCCAUCACUUGUGUUGUGAAAGUUUGGAGACUGCUGUUGACAGAAAGAAAAGAAAAGGUGUGUAAGAAAACCUACUGAAACAGAAGCACUGCCACUACGUGUGGACAAAAGUGACCGCAUAAAGGAAGUCCUACUAUUUAACUCUGAACGCUUGGAGAAGCUAUGUGAAGAUGCAACCUUAAAGGAGAAUAUGUUUGCAUGAAGUCUCAGCUUCAGGCUAGAGGUUAGAUUCCAGAGAUACUGGCCAAGAUGAAACUUUUUAAAAAAAUCUAAACAAGAAGAGACUUUAAAAUAAGAGAAAGAAAUCAUAAGUGUAGAAAUAUGCUUUGAUAAAGAGGAAAUGGACUUUAAAUUUUAAAAAGCUCAUUUAUUUGCAAUGCACUUGUGUACACUUCAAAAAUUAUUGUAGACACAGAAUUUGUUUUAUUUUUGUGUUUAGUAUUUAAACCUGAAUAUUGAAACAGUUUCCUCCUUGUCUUUAUUAACAGUAUAUGGUCAUUAUAUUUACUCAUUUUUUUACACAAUAUAUUUGAUAGUUCACCAAAUUACAGGUUUUUGGUAUUAUUCAUCUUCUUUACCCAUGCAUAACCACUAUAAACACAGGUUCUUCUGUACUUGAAUAUACAAAACAGGAACCACCGUGCCAUAAGAUUGACUUCACAUACAGAACACAUUUUUUUCCUGAGGUCCUGUGGACUUGCGAAAGAUAUAUAUAUAUAUUGCUCUGUUAAUUUUUUUAUAUUUCAUAUAUGUAAUAAAGGAAUGCGACCUCCUGA